GAUGUAAACUUUCUUUCUUCGAGUCACAAAUUGUCAGCCUGAUGGAAUGAACAAAAAUAUUCAGUCAGCAAACUCAUUGCUAUUCCACACCAACCUGUCACCUAGAUAUCUUCAGAAUGUACUGUAAAUCUGCAUUCUACCAACCAAGCUUUGUACCUGUUAAUAACUGCGAUCACAGAAAUGGGGUGGUGAACCAUUCUUGAUCUUCCUCCUCUAGAACGUUCCCUGACGUGCUUAUAUGAGAAGCUGGAUUUGCAACAAAUCUCAGCUUCACCACUUCCAGUUCGAGACAAUGGUGAGCUCAGCCAAGGGCAAAGUGUGUGUAACUGGGGCCUCAGGCUUUCUCGCCUCUUGGCUCAUCAAGAGACUUCUUGAGUGUGGAUAUCAUGUGAUAGGGACAGUCAGAGAUCCAGGGAAUCAGAGAAAAGUUGGACACCUUUGGAAAUUACCUGGUGCAAAUGAGAGGCUCCAACUUGUGAGAGCUGAUUUAUUGGAGGAAGGGAGCUUUGAUGAUGCUGUGAUGGCUUGUGAGGGUGUCUUCCACAUUGCAUCACCUGUCCUUGGAAAAUCUGAUUCCAAUUGCAAGGAAGCAACACUUGGUCCUGCAAUUAAUGGUACCCUAAAUGUGCUAAGGUCGUGCAAGAAGAGUCCGUUUCUAAAACGGGUUGUUCUCACAUCUUCAUCGUCCGCGGUGAGGAUUAGGGACGAAACCCAGCAGCCAGAACUGUUGUGGGAUGAAACAACGUGGAGCUCUGUGCCACUCUGCGAAAAGCUACAGCUAUGGUAUGCCCUGGCAAAGGUAUUUGCAGAGAAAGCAGCAUUGGACUUUGCCAAGGAGAAUAACAUUGACCUUGUCACCGUUCUUCCGUCAUUCGUGAUUGGGCCCAGUUUGUCCCAUGAACUGUGUACAACUGCUUCUGAUAUCCUUGGCUUACUUCAAGGUGACACAGACAGGUUCACUUCGUAUGGGAGGAUGGGAUAUGUUCACAUCGAUGACGUUGCACGGAGCCACAUUCUAGUGUACGAAACACCCGAGGCAAGUGGCAGAUAUCUGUGCAGUUCAGUGGUUCUGGAUAACAAUGAAUUGGUUGGCUUACUCACGAAGCAGUUUCCGGUAUUCCCAAUUCCAAGGAGGCUCAGUAACCCCUAUGGAAAGCAGGCGUAUCAGCUCAACACAUCCAAGCUCCAGGGGCUGGGUCUCAAGUUCAAAGGAGUGCAAGAGAUGUUCAACGACUGCGUCGAGUCGCUGAAAGCCCAGGGCCAUUUGCUGGAGUGCCCGUUGUGAAAAUAGAGACAACACAAACAAGCCAUAGCCAAACGCGUCGCAACUAUGUCUAGAUCAUGUCAGUUCUCGAGUCUUUUUUUUUUCUCUUCAAAUAAUUCCUAUGUCGUCUCGUUACUAUUACCAAACAUCAACUGUCACUCGCAGAUUAUGCGACUACACGAAAUGUUUCCAAAUGCUUUCCAAUUGAUUCA